UUAUUUUACUGGCAGACCAUAGCUGACACCAUAUUACUUUAAGGUAAUCAACUUCUGUAACCACUUGAUAGGCCAGUGCAUCCUAACAAAGAAAGAUAAAGCCUUUUAAACCGUAUAACCAGAACAAAGAUAGGCUUCUAAGCAGACAUGACUGAGCCCCGUCACAUUUUGCUUCGAUGUGGGCAAAGCACAUUAAUCUUUCAAAGAAUGUAUGAACAUUAUGAUUGUCUUUGUCUUAUCCAGUUUGAGUGUCAUGGAGAAUUCAUAAGGCACUUGUGGGCAUGUCUCGAAAUCGCUCAACUAGGAAGGAUCAUCAACAUUUAUCUUGAUUUUGAUGGCGCUGUCGAUAAUCAUAUUGGUGAUUGUGUUGAUAUAAGCGAACCAGAAAGCCCCUACUCAAGUAGUGCAGACUAUUCCACUGAUUCAUUAGCCAGUCAAGAUCUGUCAAAUCCAAUACAGAUCAAUAUCCCACUGGAGAAUGCACAGGCUGCAGUAGCGAGAUCUGGCCAAAGCAUGCAACGACCACUUCUGCCAAAUGCUCUGGAGGCAAAUCUAAACAACGAUAUAAGAAUAUGUUCGGUCGCCAUGCAGGGAUUGGAUAUGAAUACAAGUGGCAAUGUGUCCUUGUCAAGAAUCACUCAUUACCAUCAAAGAAUCCAGUGUCAAUCUCAAUCUCAGUCUCAGUCUCAGCCUCAGUUUCCGUUUCAGUCUCGGAGCGAAAUACUGGAAGCAUCAUCAUACGCGGAAAAGUUUAUUCGCUUCUUGGAAGAAGAAUUUCCUCAACAUCUCGAUGGAGUCAUGGCCAACCCACUAUUCUCUCGUGAGGCCCAGGAAAAGUAUACAAAGAUCACGGAUCAAAUCGCUAGUGUUUUAAAUCAAAAAUGGGAUGCCAGGGGCUUGAUCCAGUAUUUUUCUCUUAGGGCUUUUGAGGGGAUGAUGAUUGUGAACGAACAUCAUUGUGCGUGCAUUCAGACCGUGGAGUUUUACCACAGGAAUCCGGAACUCGAUAAGCAUCAUGACAAAUUCGAAAACACCGGAUUCACUUUUCCAACCAGAAAUUCGAGUGUUGGAGUAGGGAUCCUUCGUAUUAGAGGCCGUUCCAACCUGAUUGUAAGUACACGGAUAUUUAACGCUCUAGUCACAUCCUACCUCCACACCAACAUACCAGGCAUAAAAAUAGGCCCAAUCGCUCCCAGCGAAGCAGAUUACAUGUACAAGGACUCUCAAAUAUUUAUUCGGAAGGAGGCUUUGGACGACUUGAGUCAAGGUAUAGUUACAGGAAGGCUCCCGGAGAGAGUCAAUCAAGAUCGUAGCGUUUGCCAACUGCGUCAGGUUCGAUCUCGAUUCCAUGAGCUUUCAACGUAUUGGCCACUACGCUCGUGGGGAGCCCUCUUGGAUCAACACUUGCUGCCGGUGACUAUCUGGACAUUAUAUCUGUUUCCUCAGCGACGAUCUGGUUCAGCGCUCCUUGUUGCAUCUGAGCUAUUUGCCUCUAUAGCCCGAGAGGUUUGGGGCAAAGGGCCGGAUGCUACUCUUACGAUGGAAUACGUUAGAUCCCAGGUCAGUAAGGUGACAUUCAGGGACAGGCCAGGUGAGAUUUGUCGAGGUUUGCAAAAUGUCCUUGGGCUUUUUGAAGGUCAUGACCAGAUGAAGAUUAUCGGGAAUAAGGAACUCAAUGAGCGCUUACAAGAGAUUGCCAAAGCAAUGGGUAGUGCUCUGGUUCGACGAAACGAAAACAUUCCAAAGAUGAUCAUGAUAUAGGAG